CGGACCAAUCCGGAAGCGGCCAUGUCGGCCGCGCUUUGCAUGGCAAGGCCACGCAACACCUACGGCACGGCUGCCAUCGCUGGUCUCCCCUACACCGCUCGAUCCCUGGAAUCGCCCUGAGUGCCGGAAACUCCUCCGAAACCGUGAUGCGGAGACGAAAUUAGGGGAGGCAGCGGGUCGAGCUCAGGCAUGAGUGCGGUGCACUGGAAAUCAUGGGCCGACGGUCGUCGACGAGCAGCAGCGCUAGUCGGCAACCUCCGAGGAACUGCAGCGCCAUCGCAGCGCUACUCUCCCGGAUGGCAUCCCGCCGUAUCAGUCUGUAUAUAAGCUCGCAUCGCUGCUGUUGGGUUGUAUCGGCUCUUUAUCCAACUCUCCAAUCCAAACUCUCCAAUUCGACUCUCUCAGUGUAGAAUCGCCGCAUCGACCUAGGCUAGUGCUCCCCCCCCCCCUGCUAAGUGAACUCAUUGUCGCUCGCCGCGUGGAGCGCCAUGGGAGAAGCCAGGACUGUGGCGGCGCUGGUCGUCGUGGCCAUCCUCAUCGCGAGCGAGGUGCGCGUGUCGCUGGCAGCGAGGCGGGCGGGCGGGUCGGCGCGGGUGGUGGACGCGGAGCUGCCUGUCGGCACCGUCGUGCUCCUGGGGUCCCUCACCCAACCCACCGCCAUCUACUUCGACUGGGCGCGCUGCAUGAGCUUGCCUGAGAGCGCGGGGGGGAGUGGCGUGGCGGACGCGCUAGUGUGGUGGAACGUGUUUUCGGAGUGGCGCACGGUGUGCGACGCCGUGCACUUCUUCCCCUCGCGCGACUGCACAGGGGAGCCGGCGGACAAGCAGACGUUCACGGGGUUCAUGAGUGUCACCAAGAUGGCGCCAUCAGUGAAGUCCAUCCGCUGCGUCCUCGGCAACAUCUGUGAGCAUGCCAAGUGCCCCGCGCACUCCACGUGCAUCAAGACCAGCGAUCACCGGGAGGUGGGGUGCGAGUGCUCCAAGGGCGGUGAUGAGUUCAACGGGUGCAAGCCAAAGUAGCCUCCCGUCCCAUCUAACCCCUCAAGUGCCAGUGCUGUGCUUGGAGUCAGUGGGCAUACCUGGGCAGGGCGUUCAGACAGUCACUCCCUAAACGUGCACUUGCGAUAGCAUUUUCGAAGUUCUGUUCUGAUAGUGUUCCACAACGGCCAUGAGCGGUGGCUAAUUGAGUUGUUGGUUCUCUGUGUCAACUUAUACAUAUGGUUAUAUGUGGCAGUUAUAGGCUAGAUGGGUUUGUGUUCUUCGAGGGUACAACUCCAACCCUAUAUCUUCCCUGUACUCUCUUGUUCUAUUCAUUCUCGUAUUCUAACA